UGGUUCAUAAAUUACCCUUCAAUUGUGGGUUAUUUACUGGUUAUUUAAAAACCGUUCUGUUUUGGUAGUUGGGUAUUGGCCCUUCUGAACUGUCAAGCCUGCUGGGCUUUGUGAUCCAGCCCGCCGUACUGUAUGCACCUUGGCCGUGCCUGUUCCAUUACCUUCUGUCAAGGCGCGUUAUUUACCAAAAAUUUGGAAGGUAGAAAAGUCUGCCUUUCGGCAAGGAAACGUAAUCCAUUUGGCUUGUGACUAAUUCAUUUCAUCACUCUACUGGUUGUGCGCAUGAAAAAGGUUGUUUUUCCACUGGCGAAACCUUAGCAACGCGUAAUCGUAGCAGAAGAAAAGUGUGUUGUCAUUAACCUUCGCUGUGGAGCGAUAGCGACAGCGGCUGUGGUUUUUCCUGCGUAGUUAGCAAGGGUUGGCGUGCCAUCUUUGUUUUGGCCCCGUGAAACCUUGAACAGUUGGUGCCCCUUUUCGCUGGUUGUUGGAUGCAGCAUUCCGGUGCUAAAAAUGAGUAAAUCGUAUGAGCCUCAAAUAAAAUGGAGGGUCAACGAGGUCGAGGAGCUGAUUGCAAGCAUGAAAGAGCGAGAACUUUUAACCAUAUCGGAUGGAAAGAAAAGACGUUCGCUAGAAGUGUUUUCGGUGGUUAGAAGUGAUCUGCAGCGUAAGGGUAUUUUUCGUACCGAGGAACAGAUACGCAAGAAGAUGAACGAACUGCGAAAGCAGUACUUCGAGGCUAAUCGAUCCGAGUCGGAAAAUCGUUACGAACUGUGUGAACAUUACGAUGCAUUGCACGAUCUGUUUACGGAUGCGCAGCGUAAGCUGGAUAAACGGACAGAACGUUCCAGGACCCGAAGCAAGCGUCGCCAUUCGCAAAACGGUCCGGACGUUUCGGCCUCAAUUCAAUCGAAUGUAUCGAAAUCAAAUCGUCGAAGCGUUAGUGGCAGUAGUAGUGUCUGCAGUAGUGCGCACAGUUCGAAGCAUAACGGUUACGAGCCAAAUCAUCAUCCACCACAGCAAACACAGCCACAGCAGCAACAGAAUGGUGGUGAAGCGAUACACAAUGGUGGAAGAAGGAAUCAUUCGUCAGAACAGGUGCUACCCGAUAAGUUUCACCUAAAACAAUGCGCGUAUCAGCCCAACUUGAAUAAUUCCCUAACUAACUUGUGCAAAAACGAUCGGUACGCCGAUGUGAUGUUGCUGGUUUGCAAUGACGAUGAUAGCAUUGCAAUUCCGGCCCACAGACUCGUGUUGGGAACGUUUAGUCCGUAUUUCGCUAACGUGUUCGAGAAGUUUACAUUUGUACCGCCGUCUCCGAUCGUCUACGUUGCAUUGCCACCAACGGUGACGCGCGCUGCCAUGCAGUGCUUGUUGCAGUACAUGUACACCGGAGAAGCGAUCGUCCACUCGCAAACACUCGACGACGUGAUGAUGUGCGGUGAGUUUCUUCGGAUCAAUGGGUUUUCCGCCAAAAAGGCUAACAGCAUGUUGAAAAGCCACCAAGGGUUAGUGUCAGUACCGCUGGUUACCGUUACGAAAACGAUCAACAUGGACUCAUCGUUACAAAACGAUGCUAGACGGGAAAGUUCUACACCGGUUCCGGCCAACAUUGCUACACGUUCUUCACCGCCCACACCGGUACCGGUACCAAUGACGAUGCGGCCCUACUAUGAUUCUCAAUCUCCGCCCAGGAAAAUGGCUCGGCACUAUGAACCCUUGCAGCAGCAAACACUCUUUCAGCAGCCCGGAUAUACGCUAGCGCAUCAGUCAAAACGUGAAAUGCAACAGUUACAGCAGCAUAAUUUGCAGCAGGAAAUGUAUCAAGAGGAGCUGAUGGAUCAACAACUGAUGCAACAGGCACAACGCUCACAAAUGCUGCCACAGCGCACGACACAGUUUGCGCGUCAACUGCAGCAAUAUCAACCGCAACAGAUGUCGGACGAUCUCUUCCAACCGAUGCCGACACUGCGUCCACAGCAACAUCUUAUGAUGCAAUCGCUACAGUCGGAUAUGUUACAGCAACGGCAAUUACAACAGCGAUAUCAUCCGAUACAGUUACAGCCGCUAGAUAUGGAUCUGCUGCAGCCUCCUCUUCAGACGAUGCAAAUGCAACGGCAACGUCAGCAGCAAAUGAUGCCAACACAGCAACGCCCAUUGCAUUCGUUGCAAUCGCAGCCACAAUUACAGGACAAUAUGUACGAACCACAAUCGUUGACACUCACCCGACAAACGCAGCCCUUACAGCAGUACGUACAAACACAGCAGUCGCAGCAACCACAGCAACAGCAGGGACAGACACAGUUAAAGCAACAGAAUAUGACACUGCUACAGCAGCCACAGCGACAAAUGGUGCAAAUGGCGUCGUCUUCUUCACAACCGCAACUACAGCGGAUGCAGUCACAACAGAGUCCGCAGAACCAAUAUCAAUCUGAGCAACAGCUGCAAGAUGAUGUGCAAGAUACAGAACCGCUUUUAGAAUCGCAGGAGUUGCUGGAACCACAGCAACCAAGGCAACGCCAACCGCCAGCACAGUUGCAACAGUCGCAGCCACCGUUGACGCAACAAAGGCUUUUGCAACAGAGGCCAUCACAACCUCAGUCUAGGAAACCGCAGCAACAGUUGCAAGAGGAUCCACUGCCGGAGCGCCUGGAAAGGUUAGAAUCCGAAGAGUUGCUACAACCUCAAGAGCCGCCACAACAACCACAACGAACAUUGGCUCCACAAACACGGUUGGAGGAUGAUCUGAUGAAACCGCAGGAGCUUCUCGAAUCGCAGGAAUUGUUAGCACCGGUGAAAGUUCGUCCGACACAGCAACAGCGACAGCCGCUGCAGUUGCAACGAAUGCUGCAGCAACGUGUAACACAGCAGCAGAAAAUGCAAGAUGAGGUUAUAAAGCCACAGGAGCUUCUUGAAACGCAAGAACUGCUGGAGCCACAGAAACCACGGCAAGAACGAGAAGCAACGUUGCAACAACAGCAACGUGUUCCACCACAGUCGGAACAAAAGCAACAACAGCAAAUUCAACGAUCGAAACAGCAACAACAGCCAAAACAACAGAACCAAGAACGUCCGUUGCAGCAACAGAAGGCGCAGGUAAAGGAACCCGUGCAUAAAAAUGCAUGCGAACCGGAACCAGUCGCUAAAUCAUCGAAGGAUAGGAUUUCACAGCCAAUGCUAAACGAUUCUCUAGCGAAUCACGAUGAGAACGCACCGGAAGAAGCAAACGAAACGACGAAAGAAGCUGAAAGUGAAACCCAGCACGAUAAGUCGCUGGACGAAAGUGUGCACACGAGAAGUGAUAGUGAAAUAGAAUUUCUAGAAAAACCGAGAAAAAAUAGUAUAUUCGAAGAGUUUCCGGACCACCGGAAGUUCGACGAUCACGAGCAGCGCAAAAAGGACUUUAUAAAGGAGUAUGAAGAGCAAAUGAAAAACUCUCACCAGCCGCCACUAGUGGAAACGCCCGAAUCGUCACCCUCGGUGCCUCCAGUGUCUCCCAAGUCGCCGAUAGUUGCGCGUUACAGAUCAAAAUCCCCACUGCCAUCGACGGUUACAAUGCAGCGGCGCAAACCGUGUUCGCAAAGGCUUGCACCCUCGCCCAAGCCGGAUAUUAUCGAAGCGUUGGACAGCAUGGUUACUCUUACGUCCGAUGAGUCGAUGAUGGAAAUUAUCACGAAAUCACCGGAAUCGCAAACAUCGCACUUUAGCACACGCUCCCACAGCCCCGACAGUCAGGCGAAGAUAAAUGCACUGAUUGAGCAUAUGGGCAUCCCGGAUACGGAUACAGCGAUCUUCGUGAACAGCUCGAUGGAUUCGGAAACUUGUGCCGAUCUGGACGAUGAUAGUAACGAUCACCAGGAAGGAACUCCGCUCGAUCAGCUCGUUUCUUCACGCUUGAAUUGUCAGCUUUGCUACGAAUCGUUCACCACCCCGCCCGAAUGGGUGCAGCACGUGUCCGGACACUGUAUCGUGGAUCAGGGAUUGUUAAAGCGGCGACGAAUUUCGAACGAUGACGACAGCGAUAAUGAUAGCGAAUAUUUCCGAUGUGACAUGUGCUCGUCCUAUUUCAUAUUGGCACAGGACUGGCAAAACCACGUAGCAAACCAUGAAGCGGAAGCCCAUGAGGAUGUUUAGGAUGCGUUACGCACGAAUCAUCUGAUCACCAUAGGAAUUUUUUUAAAUGUACGAAAGUAGCGUUACACCGCCCUGGCAAACCAGAAAGAAUGAUUCACCAACGGUCGCUUCUGCCAGAAGAUGGUUUGCCAGGGUUGGGUGUAUAGCUCUUUCUAAAAAAUUUAUUCUUUCUAAUAAUGUUUAAUCAAAACUAUGUAAAGUAGGCGCUGAUGGAAGAAGCUAUUAGCUAUGAUCACUAGGAUACAAACUAAUUCUUAUUGCUCCGUGAAAAGGCCGCGUCGUGUAGCCAAUUAAAUUGAUUAAAUUAGCAACAACAGAAUAUACACGCGCGCAGUACACAGAAAAGAUCUAAUGUAAAACUUGGCGAAAAAUGUCUAGAAAUAUAGUUUUCUUUUUUAUCUUCAUGAUUCUGAAAA